AUGAACUUUUAUUGGCAGCCGCAAAACAAGAUAACGAUGAGAUUCUUGAAGAAAUAUUCUCGCAGCCUGGCAGCUAUGAGAUCAAUUAUACUGACAGCAUAGGAAAUACUGCUCUCCAUUAUGCUGCUCAAUUCGGUUCUCUUACAGCAAUAAGAUUGUUACUUGAACAGGAAAACAUCAAAGUCAAUUCUCAAAAUAGGCUAGAAGGCGACACGCCUUUGCACAAAGCUGUUCAGUAUACCGAUGAUCCUAGCGUCGCUUUUGCCGUUGUUGAAACGCUUCUUGAUGCUGGUGCGGAUCCUAGAAUACUAAAUAAAAAUAAACAGCGCCCCGUUCAACUUGUCGAUACAGGAAAUGAAGAGCUAAAGAACCUUUUACGACAAGCUGCUGCUAGCUUUGAAAUAGAUGCAAGUGAAUUGGCGCAGGACGAUGAUUCGGAUGAUGGUGAACCAGCUAGUGAUGUGAGCUCAGAUUAA